CCGCAGACCGCGGGGUCCCCGAAUCCCGGACCCCAACGGCCUGGGGCCCUCUGGAGCCAGCGGCCCCGCUCUUGGUUCGCCCGGAGCCGCCCCGGGGGAGCCGGACGAAGUGGACAAGUUUAAGGCUAAGUUCCUGACGGCCUGGAACAACGUCAAAUAUGGUUGGGCCGUCAAAAGCAGGACCAGCUUUAGCAAAAUUUCCAGCAUCCACCUCUGCGGCCGCCGCUACCGAUUCGAGGGCGAGGGUGACAUCCAGCGUUUCCAGCGAGACUUUGUGUCCCGUCUAUGGCUCACCUACCGCCGGGACUUCCCGCCCCUAGCUGGGGGCUGCCUGACCUCCGACUGUGGCUGGGGCUGCAUGUUACGCAGCGGCCAGAUGAUGCUAGCUCAGGGCCUGCUGCUCCAUUUCCUGCCCCGAGACUGGACGUGGGCCGAGGGCAUGGGCCUGGGCCCUCCUGAGCUGUCCAGGUCAGCCUCACCCAGCCGGUACCAUGGGCCUGCCCACUGGAGGCCCCCACGCUGGGCCCAGGGUACCCCCGAGCUGGAACAGGAACGCCGGCACCGACAGAUUGUGUCCUGGUUCGCUGACCACCCCCGGGCCCCCUUCGGCCUACACCGGCUGGUGGAGCUUGGGCAGAGCUCGGGCAAGAAGGCGGGUGACUGGUAUGGGCCGUCACUGGUGGCACACAUCCUCAGGAAAGCCGUGGAGAGUUGCUCAGAGGUGACCCGCCUGGUGGUGUAUGUCUCUCAGGAUUGCACAGUGUACAAGGCAGACGUGGUGCGCCUGGUAGCCAGGCCAGACCCCGCCGCCGAGUGGAAGUCUGUGGUCAUCCUGGUACCCGUGCGACUGGGCGGCGAGACCCUCAACCCUGUGUAUGUGCCCUGCGUGAAGGAGCUCCUGAGGUCAGAGCUGUGCCUGGGCAUCAUGGGGGGCAAGCCGCGACACUCGCUGUACUUCAUAUGAUUUCCUGCUCUACCUGGACCCCCACUACUGCCAGCCCACUGUGGACGUCAGCCAGGCUGACUUCCCCCUAGAGUCCUUCCAUUGCACCUCGCCUCGCAAGAUGGCGUUCGCCAAGAUGGACCCGAGCUGCACUGUGGGCUUCUACGCUGGGGACAGGAAGGAGUUUGAGAUGCUCUGCUCAGAGCUGACCAGGGUCCUCAGCUCCUCCUCAGCCACGGAGCGGUACCCCAUGUUCACCCUGGCCGAGGGCCAUGCUCAGGACCACAGCCUGGACGACCUCUGCUCCCAGCUGUCCCAGCCGACGCUGCGGCUCCCUCGCACUGGGCGUCUCCUCAAGGCCAAACGCCCCAGCUCCGAGGACUUUGUGUUUUUAUAAAUGGGGAGAGGGAGGGGGGGAAGAGAUGCAACACUAUUUAUUUUUUUAUUUAUGUCGUGUUGGGGGUGGGAGCUUGAAUUCUUGCAGCUGUGGGCUUUCCAGUUCUUGCACCCCCUCGACAACCCUCGCUGAGACCCGUCAGGGAAACCGCUGGGCAGAACCUGUCCGCCUGCCUCCCGCCAGCCCAGCCCUCCCCGCAGGGCAGGGAAGGAGGGGGGACCCCCAGGCACCCACUCAGGGCCUGACUCAAGUACUGUAGUUUGCACUGGACCGCCUGUGCCCUCGCUGGCCCCUGAGCCCCUGUGCUGGGGGGGACGUGGCCACGAGGGGCCAAUAAAGCUGUUUGACACGA